GUUAACUGCUGAGGGAUGGGGGUUAGAGAAGCGUGCACCAUCCGACUACCUGUGUGGGAUAUAUGAUGUGCUGUGUGUUAGUUUGAACAUUUAUCCAAAGGAGGGAUGUUUCAUCAUUUCAUGGACACGGCCAAUGUUGCGACUUUCACUGAUAACAUGAAACGAGGCAUUGCAAGUGCCAACAACUCUGUUAUGUGAGGAUGGCUUUGUAAAAACCCUGGCUCUUCACAUUCGUCGGGAUUCCCCGCAAUAUUCUCAACAAGAAAACAAAUCCGCAAAAAUGGACAAUGAAAGUGUAGCACAAAGAUACGAGCCCGUCGCCGAGAUUGGCGAAGGUGCUUACGGAAAGGUGUACAAGGCACGAGAUUUGAAGAACGCGGGACGCUUUGUAGCCCUAAAAAGAGUUCGGGUACAGACGGAGGAGGAAGGGAUGCCCCUCUCGACCAUCCGUGAGGUGGCGGUACUGAGGCAACUGGAGGCAUUCGAACACCCCAACGUGGUCAGACUGUUCGAUGUGUGUACUGUGUCUCGGACCGACCGCGAGACCAAGCUGACCCUGGUCUUUGAGCAUGUUGACCAGGACCUGACCACAUACCUAGAGAAAGCCCCUGAUCCUGGGGUGCCACCUGAAACUAUCAAGGAUAUGAUGUAUCAGCUGCUGCAGGGGUUGGACUUCCUGCACUCACACCGUGUGGUUCACCGGGACCUGAAACCCCAGAACAUCCUGGUCACCAGUGGAGGACAGAUAAAACUGGCCGACUUCGGUCUUGCCAGAAUAUACAGCUUUCAGAUGGCCCUGACCUCCGUGGUGGUGACAUUGUGGUACAGAGCCCCAGAGGUGUUGCUCCAGUCCAGCUAUGCCACCCCAGUUGACCUGUGGAGUGUGGGCUGUAUCUUCGCUGAGAUGUUCAGGAGAAGACCUUUGUUUAGAGGAAGCUCAGAUGUUGAUCAGCUGGGCAAGAUUUUUGAUGUGGUCGGGGUUCCCUCGGUGGAGGACUGGCCCCAGGAAGUUGCCCUACCACAGAGUGCCUUCUCUCCACGACCCCCUCAGCCAAUCGGAAACCUCAUCCCUGACAUGGACGAGCUGGGGAAGUCCCUUAUACUGCAAUUCCUGGCAUUCAAUCCCGCCAAAAGGAUAUCAGCGUUUGCUGCUCUGACCCACCCCUACUUCCAGAGUGUGGAUAGUGACAGUAAGAGUGUGUACGCUCAGCCCAAUGCCAGCAACAAGCCCACCAUGGAGGAGAGCGCUGCCUGACAGCCCCCCGUCCCAGGACAAGAGAGAGAGAGCGAGAGAGAUGGACACAAAGACAGAGAAAGAGAGCAACAGACAGACAUUUGAUUCUAAAAUGCAACAGUGCUGUCUUCCACAAUGUACUGAUUUGAAUGCUGCUUUUUAGGAUAUUUUUUUUUUUAUUAAAAAAUGUAAACAAUGCAAGGACCCUUAAAGCUGAGAUGUACUGCCACCAGGGGAGAACCUCUGGAUGUCCAGGAGCUGCUGCCUCUUGUCUCUUCUGCCUUAGCCUGAGAAGAGGCUCCUCAGUGAGGGAACACCAAGCACCAAGGGUAGGUCGGCAUGGAUCUCACCUGGAGCUCAUCUCCACGACUGAACUGAGAGAGAGGAUACACACACAUAUGUUUAUCCCGUGCAGGAGGACCUCACACUGCCUAGCGCUGCUUAUGGUCCAAACAUACAUUUGUGUUUUUAUAUCACUGCCAUCUACAGGUAGUCCUGUGUUACUGCAGGCUGGAGCAGGAUUCUGAUGGGCUUCAGCUUAAAAGACUUUGACUGGUGCAAACUAAGCACUCCACGGAACAACUGAAAAUGGAUCACUUUGAGUUCUUCUUAUGGCAUCCAUACUUCAGUGUCAUAAAGUGAGAUGAAAUCUGAUGGACACCAUUCAAGAGCCUAUGUGUUACUCUUUCUGAUGACCUGAUCAAUCAAUCAAAUGUAUUUCUAAAGCCCUUUUUACAUCAGCUGAUGUCACAAAGUGCUGUACAGAAACCCAGCCUAAAACCCCAAACAGCAAGCAAUGCAGAU